CUUCCCGGCCGCCGUCGUGUCUCCGUUGCUUUUCUUGCCCCGUCAGUUUCUUGACUUUCCUUCCCACUCCUGCGCAGCUCUGAUCCCGGUUUUCUGCUACAUUUCUCUCGCUUGUCUCUGGUCAGCAUGUCGGAGUACAAUGCGGUGCCACCACCCGGACCCGGGGCUCCUCUCGGCGGACAGGCAGCUCUUGGGAACGGAGCAGGAGGAAUCAAGAAAGAUGCGUUUGCGGACGCGGUGCAGCGGGCCCGGCAGAUUGCAGCUAAGAUCGGGGGUGAUGCUGGGCCGCCUCUGAACAACAACACUGCAUCAGAUGGCUUUCCAUUCACCGCACAGAAACGACAGCUGGAGGAUGCAGACGAACCAGAGAGCAAGAAGCUGGCUGCACAGAGUGACUUGGAUUCAGCCAAAGCACUGUCUAUUGGUGCACAGCUAGCCGCUCUUGCACAACAAAGGCCUGCCUCCACCACAGAGGAGUACAGUGUACCAGACAGCAUGGUGGGACUCAUUAUUGGCCGUGGAGGCGAACAGAUCAAUAAGAUUCAACAGGAGUCAGGUUGCAAGGUUCAGAUAGCUCCAGACAGUGGAGGCCUUCCAGAGAGGAGCGUCUCUCUCACAGGUUCCCUUGACUCUGUACACUCUUCCCCGGCUAGGAAAGCCAAGAUGCUGUUGGAUGAGAUAGUGUCACGAGGGAGGGGUACACCCCCUUCUUCUUAUCACGAGUCCACAAACGGGCAGGACGGCACAAUGCAUGAGAUGAUGAUCCCAGCUGGUAAGGCUGGCCUUGUCAUUGGCAAGGGAGGAGAGACUAUCAAACAGCUACAGGAGCGUGCAGGGGUGAAGAUGAUCCUGAUCCAGGAUGCCUCUCAGGGACCCAACGUUGACAAGCCCCUGCGCAUUAUUGGAGAUCCCUACAAAGUCCAGCAAGCCCAGGAGAUGGUGCAGGAGAUUCUGAGGGAGAGAGACCAUGGUGGCUUUAGUGAAAGAAAUGACUUCAGCUCCCGAAUGGGAGGAGGCAUGGAUAUCCCAGUACCACGACACUCAGUCGGUGUGGUCAUUGGGCGCAGUGGAGAGAUGAUCAAGAAAAUCCAGAAUGAUGCUGGAGUUAGGAUACAGUUCAAACAAGAUGACGGGACUGGUCCAGAUAAGAUUGCCCACAUCAGUGGUCCCCCUGACCGCUGCGAGCACGCUGCCCAGAUCAUCAACGACCUGCUGCAGAGCAUCAGGGUCAGGGAGGAGGGACAGGGGGGUCCCCCAGGUCCUCCUGGCAUGCCUGCAGGCAACAGGGGCCGAGGUGGGGGACAAGGCAGUUGGGGGCCCCCUGGAGGAGAAAUGACCUUCUCUAUUCCUGCCCACAAGUGUGGGCUCGUGAUUGGCCGUGGAGGAGAGAACGUCAAGUCUAUCAACCAGCAGACCGGGGCCUUUGUGGAAAUCUCUCGACAGCCGCCCCCCAACGGAGACCCCAACUUCAAGCUGUUUAUCAUUCGGGGCUCACCGCAGCAGAUCGACCACGCCAAGCAGCUCAUUGAAGAGAAGAUCGAGGGUCCUCUGUGUCCUGUGGGCCCAGGGCCAGGUGGACCAGGUCCUGCUGGUCCAAUGGGUCCCUACAACCCCAACCCAUAUAACCCCGGACCGCCUGGGGCGCCUGGACCACCGCAUGGGGGUCCUCCAGGUCCUCACCAGUACACUCCUCAGGGCUGGAGCAACACCUACCAGCAGUGGCAGCCCCAGGCACCCCAUGACCCCAGCAAGGCAGCAGCCAAUGACCCCAACGCAGCCUGGGCGGCCUACUACGCUCAGUACUACCAGCAGCCGUCGGGGGCUGUGCCAGCGCAGUACCCCGCUAACCCAGCUGGAGGUGCCCAAACUUCAGGGGACCAGACCCAGCCCGCACAGACGCCGGGGGGCCAGCCAGACUACACCAAGGCCUGGGAGGAGUACUACAAGAAGAUGGCCCAGGCAGGUGGUUCUGUCCCUGGGACAGCAGCUGCAGCCCCAGGAUCAGCUGGGGGAACAGCAUCCACAACGGGGGGCCAGCCAGACUACAGCGCAGCCUGGGCAGAGUACUACAGGCAGCAGGCUGCGUACUAUGGACAGACAGGACAGGCCCCCGGACAGCCAGCCACUCCCCAGCAAGGACAGACGCAGUGAGAGUUCAUGGCAGAAGCAUGCCGGAGAGAAUCGAGACAACGGGAUGAAGAAGACGACCCUGAAUUUAAGGCCAGAAUCAAGCCUGUUAAGAUUUUUUUUUAAUUAUUAUUUCUUGCGAGAGGAAAUGAAACUCUUCCUCACCACCAAACACCACGUGGAUACUUUUUAAUAAAAAUGUGAACUGAACAAACGUUCUAGUGCUUUGCUGCUGAGGGGAGGGAGAAGACUGAUAAUCCCGUCAUGACAGGUACAUGGCUUCUCAAUGCCUCAACAUACAUUUAUAUAUGCCAUAAUGAACAUGGAAGCCUUGAAGUGCUUACUUCAUUGCAGAGGAGUCUGAGUUGCCAAUAAAUCUUUAUCAUCUUCCUUUUAUUAACUUCUUAAGACUUCUAAGUCCCAUUUUACUUACUCACUUACCUUCAUACCCCUCUGUUAUAUUUACUGAAUUGCACAGAGCUAUUAGGACUAUAAUCAUAUUGUGUAUCUGGUACAGGUAAUACAUCAGAGAAAUCCUUUUUAAAGCUAAUUUGAUUUGCUCAGUGUUUAGAUUUUUUCUUUGUUUUUUAAAAUUAAAUUGUCACAUGUCCCUCUACUGAGGCUUGCAUGGCGUUUCAACUUGUGUACGUUUGGAUUGUUUUUCUUUUGCUUAUGAAUGUGUUCACUCAGAGUAUUUUGUACGAGUAAGCCAGUUUUACAGCGUACAAAUGGAACUCUACAGUGUUGAUUCAUGCAUGUGGGAUGACUAAUAACUGUUGAAAGCUGCUAGAGGUAGAUGAUAAAACACUUCAGAGUAAGGCACCUAAUAAAAAGCAGGGCCACCCUUCACCUAGAGUCAGCUAAAGUCAGUCUUCUGCUAGUGACAUCCAAGUCCUGAACUGUGUGUAAUGACGUGAAAGUACUCUCCAUUUACAUAAGGGUUCAAAGGUUUAUGUUCAAAUGGUUUUAUUGGGGAGGCUAUGACAGGGAUUAAACUUCGUCCUGGAGUCCUUGAAAGUUGAAAGAUUUUUUUAAAAUUUCUCAUAGGUUGCAGGGUUUAUGCACCUUACACCAGGUUAUACAUCUUUGAUUUGGCCUUUAAUACAAGUGGCUUUCAAUAAACAGCCCUGGCAUAAAUACCCAUCAGUGUGAUGAUCACUACAUAGAGCAGUAUGUUUGGUUAAUGAUGCCAUGAUUUAAGACUUUUCUCCUUGCCUUAGUUUAUUUUGCAUAUUUGUCACACACCUAUCUGCUGUUCAAGCAGAUGUUGAAAUGUCCAUUCUGGAGACAGUUUUUUCACCUGAGAGCUUUUGUUUUCAGGCUAAAAACACCCGGCUUACUGUGCACGGAGGGACGAAACGGAAAGGAAAGAUGCUUUUUUUUUUUUUUUUUUUUUUAAAUGUGGUUUGGUGUGAGCAAUCCUAGUUAUCUCAUAUUGCUUGGAAAACUCAAAAGUGAUUGUCCGACCUUUUUAAAACCAACACAUACUGCUAGCAUUCACCUUGAGGCAACUGCAUAUCUGUCUUUGUCAUGCGGUGACUUUAAAGUGUAGUGACUUUCAUGUGGAGGUUCAGUCACCCUCUGUAGUUUGUACAGCUGAAGGUUCUUCCACAAUGGGAAACAUGUCAUGUAAGGCUUCAUUCAAACUAAACAUUUGAAUCAUGCUGUGAUUUUGUUUCAUCUCAAGGUUGCAUGUGUUUGGUUUGUACUUUAUAUCUUGGUUUUUAUGGAUACCAACAAGAAUCAGUUGAUCUUUUGUCUUCCCAGAGCCAUUGUUUGUGUGUAACAGAAUUAAAUUUAGUCUUCCAAUGUGUCCCACUUUAAGAUAUAUUGUAUAUGUACAUAUAUAUUCAGCAAUAUAUGGCUGUUGGUUUUGACUUACAGAGAUGUAUCAGGUAUGAUUCUUGUAUUCUGAAUGGCAGCUGUGAGCCUGCCUUUGGCAGCAGUGUUGAUAUUGUUAAUAGAUGACCACCAGCAGCAAUACUCUGAAUUAAAAAAGGGGCAAACGUCAAUUACUUUAAAA